AUGAAUAGUAGAAUCAAGAGUUUGACGCAGAAGAAAAAAGCCGGAGGAAUUGAAGCCGAGGAAGGUCUAGUGCUGGAUCCAUAUCCUAUUCCUUCGCCCAUUGCGGCAGGAAAUGACAUCAAUAAGAUCAUGGACCAUCGUGAGCUUAAAAGUUCAGAAGCAGACGCUCGAGGCAUCAUGUUUGCAACCUGCUCUCGAGCAGCCUUGAGUGGUUGGCGGACUGACCCUAUAUUUCAACCAUAUUUUCAUGAAACGGGCUCGAUCGUGUCCGGCGACACUCCGGAUCUGAUCCGACAUAUCAAAGAAACCGAAAUCGACUCUUCAGAAGGGACAGUCGUGGAACUGAAGACUGCCGAGGACUUCCGUAACACCAUGCCUGCUGUAGUCCUCACGGGCGACUUUCCCGGCUGGAAGGGUUGGUUAAGCAAGACGGGUGCGGGAUGGGUCCAUGCGAAAAAGGCCAUAUUAUCUGUGUUCACCGAGGCGAAGCGUCUGGGUGUAACAUUUAUCACCGGUUCCGCGGCAGGAGAUGUCAUAUCCUUGGUGUAUGAGGGCGGGGAUGUGGUUGCUACCAGAACCGCAGAUGGCAUUGUCCAUCGAGCAGAACACACAAUUCUGUCCGCAGGAGCAGGAAGUGAUCGUCUUCUAGACUUCAAGAUGCAGCUUCGGUUCUUCAUGGAGCCUGAUGAGGACCAACACGAGCUCAAGAUCUGCGACGAACAUCCUGGGUACUGCAACCUUGUUUCCGACCAUCAGUGCGCCGGGGGGAUUCGCAGUGUCCCAUUUGCAAAGCAGCAAAUUCCUCUGGAGGCUGAAGCUCGUGCACGAAACUUCCUCCGCGACACGAUGCCGCAUCUUGCCAGUGGUCCGAUGGUUUUUGCGCGGAUCUGCUGGGAUGCCGAUACGCCGGAUCCACCCAUCACUGCUGGUCGCUGUGGGGGAUCUGGAAAUGGGGCCAUGCAGAUGCCGACAAUAGGGGGUUUUAUUGUCGAUGCGUUGGAGGGGAGAUUGCAGAAGGAUCUGAAGUAUGUGGUUCGAUGGAGGCGUGAGACGGCUCUCCAUCGAGAUUGGAAAUCUACACAGAAUCGAUUUGGGGGACCCAAUAAAGUGAUGGAAUUUCAGGAGGUUGGUGAGCAUGAGUGGACUGAUGUGGGCAAUAAGAGCCGACUGUAA